AUGUUCCAGGCUUCACUCUCCAGUUUCAAAGGUGUCCAAAAGCGUUUUCCUCGUCAUUUCUAUCAAGCUUCACCUCCAGUUUCAAGUGUCCAAAAGCGUUUCCUCGUCAUUUCUAUCAAGUGUGUUCAGGCUUCACUCUCCAGUUUCAAGAGUCCAAUCAAGUGUUCAGGCUUUCUCAGUUUCGUCAUUUCAUUUCUAUCAAGUGUGUUCAGGCUUCACCUCCAGUUUCCUCGUCAAGUUCAAGUGUGUCCAGGUUUCCUCGUCAUUUCUAUCAAGUUUUUCUUCGUCUCCAUUUUCAAGUGUCCAAAAGUGUUUCCUCGUCAUUUCAUCAGGGCUUCACUCUCCAGUUUCAAGAGUCCAAAAGUUUCCUGUCAUUUCUAUCAAGUCAUUUCUCCAUCAAGAGUCCAAAAGCGUUUCCUCGUCAUUCCUAUCAAGUGUGUUCAGGCUUCACUCUCCAGUUUCAAGUGUCAAGAGUCGUCAAAAGCAGGCUUCACUCUUCGUCAAAAAGCGCUUCCUUCUGAGUCCAAAAGCGUUUCCUUCGUCAUUUCGUCAAGUUCUUCAUCAAGUGUCCAAAAGCGUUUCCUCGUCAUUUUCAAGUUUCACUUCUCAGUUUCAAGUGUCCAAAAGCGUUUCCUCGUCAUUUCUAUCAAGUUUAUUCAGGCUUCACUUUCCUCCAGUUUCAAGUGUCCAAAAGUUUCAAGUUUCCUCGUCAUUUUUCUAUCAAGCUUCAUUUUUCAUCAAAAGUUUGUUUUCAUCAAGUUUGUUCAGGCUCAGUUUCAAGUGUCCAAAAGAGUCAUUUCUAUCAAUUGUGUUCAGUUUCACUCUCCAGUUUCAAGUGUUCAAAAGCGUUUCCUCGUCAUUUUUAUCUAUCAAGUGUGUUCAGGCUUCACUCUCCAGUUUCACGUGUCCAAAAGCGUUUCCUCGUCAUUUCUAUCUCCAGUUUCACUCUCCAGUUCAAGGUGCGUCCAAAAGCGUUUCCUCGUCAUUUCUAUCAAGUUUGUUCAGGCUUCACACUCCAGUUGCAAGUGUCCAAAAGCGUUUCCUCGUCAUUUCUAUCAAGCUUCACUCUCCAGUUUCAAGUGUCAAAAGCGUUUCCUCGUCAUUUCUAUCAAUUUUAUUCAGGCUUCACUCUCCAGUUUCAAGUGUCCAAAAGCGUUUCCUCGUCAUUUCUAUCGGUGUGUUCAGGUUUCACUCUCCAGUUUCAAGUGUGUUCCUCGUCAUUUCAUCAAGUGUUUCAGGCUUCACUCUCCAGUUUCAAGUGUCCAAAGCGUUUCCUCGUCAUUUCUAUCAAGGCUUCACCUCCAGCUUCCAAAAAACUCUCAGUUUCCGUCCUCGUCAUUUCUAUCAAGUGUGUUCAGGCUUCAACUCAGUUUCAAGUGUCCAAAAAGCGUUUCCUCGUCAUUUCUAUCAAGUUGUUCAGGCUUCACUCUCCAGUUUCAAGUGUCCAAAAACGUUUCCUCGUCAUUUUCUAUCAAGUGUGUUCAGGCUUCACUCUCCAGUUUCAAAGUGUCCAAAAGCGUUUCUCGUCAUUUCUAUCAAUUGUGUUCAGCUUCACUUCUUUCAAGUGUCAAAAGCGUUUCUGUCAUUUCUAUCAAGUGUUUCAGGCUUCCAGUUUCAAGUGUCCAAAAGCGUUUCUUCGUCAUUUCUAUCAAGUGUGUUCAGGCUUCACACCAAAAGCGUCUCCUCAGUUUCUAUCAAGUGUGUUCCAAAAAAAGCGUCUUUCUAUCAUUUCUUCCUCUCCAGUUUCAAGUUCCUCGUCAUUUCUAUCAAUUUUAUUCAGGCUUCACUCUCAGUUUCAAGUGUCCAAAAGCGUUUCCUCGUCAUUUCUAUCAAGUGUGCAGGCUUCAAGUGUGUUUCAGUGUCCAAAAACGUUUCCUCGUCAUUCUAUCAAUUUUCAAGUGUCCAAAAGCGUCCAAAAGUUCCUCGUCAUUUCUAUCAAGUGUGUUCAGGCUUCACUCUCCAGUUUCAAGUGUCAAAAAGCGUCUCCUCGUCAUUUCUAUCAAUUUUAUUCAGGCUUCACUCUCCAGUUUCAAGUGUCCAAAAGCGUUUCCUCGUCAUUUCUAUCAAUAUAUGCUCUCUCUCUCUCUCUCUCUCUCUUAA